ACCUACAUAAAAGGAAGUCUUCUGGGGGAAACUCUGCUGUUUGCUGGCCUGCUUCACUUCCUGCUGCUGGUGAGGGUGUUAAUCCUUGCUGCAGCUGUGCAUCCUCGCUGACAUCAGACUCCAGUGUCUCCGGGAUCCAGUGGACAUUGAAGAUCGGUAGCUCUCCAGGAGUCUUCAAAGCACCAGGUUUGGAAGUGCUGAGGCUUCUGGCUUUGUAACCUGAACAGCUCCCAGGUUCCAGCCAUUGUUGAACUGGGCUGUGUGGACCCAUCCAGCACACUGACUUGACAGGCAGCUGACAGUAGGACUUUUCACCAAAAUUCCAAGAACCUUGCGAAAGAGAAGACUAUGGCCUGCUUUACAGAUGGUUCUGAAUGCUCUGCAGAGUCUACCCAGAAGCUUCACAGGUCCAGGAUGGAGAUGUGGAAAUGGAAAUGGCACCUCAUCAGCAUCGCCAUUGAGCCACCAGCCAAACUUUUGCUUUAUGUUCCACAAGCUUAUGCUCUGUUGGCCUAGAAGUUUUGACCCCAGAAGUGGGGGUGCUUUGGUCAGGAGACAUCCCACUGAAGUGGAAGCUAAGACUACUCUCUAGCCACAUUGGAAGCAACAAUAGAGUUAGGAGGGGUGGUUGACCCAGACCAAAGGGAAAUUGGACUCUUUCCCCACAGUGGAGGUAAGGAAGAUCAUAUCAAAUGCAAGAGAUCGGCACUGUGACUAAAGCCAAUGGGAAACUACAACAACUCAACCCAGCUGUGCAUCCUCACUGACAUCAGACUCCAGUGUCUCCGGGAUCCAGUGGACAUUGAAGAUCGGUAGCUCUCCAGGAGUCUUCAAAGCACCAGGUUUGGAAGUGCUGAGGCUUCUGGCUUUGUAACCUGAACAGCUCCCAGGUUCCAGCCAUUGUUGGACUGGGCUGUGUGGACCCAUCCAGCACACUCAGGUGAUAACAAGAUAUGGAGAAGUCAAAGGGAAGAAAGUCUGUUUCCCAGGCCACAGUGGAGAAUUGCAUGGAGAACCCAGGCCUGGAACUCAUGGAAGGCGGAAAUCUUGAGCAAAGAUACACACAGGAGGAAGUGACACAGGGACACAGCCUGGAGGAUGGCUUGGGGCAUUCCUCUCUCUGGAGCAGGAGGAUUUUUCAGCCUUUCACGAAGGCGAGAAGUUUCUUUGAAAGACAUGCUGGUUUAUUCAGAAAGAUCCUGCUUGGUCUCUUGUGUUUAGCUUAUGCUGCCUACUUCCUGGCAGCGUGCAUCCUGAACUUCCAGAGGGCACUGGCCUUGUUUGUCAUCACCUGUCUUGUGAUCUUCAUCCUGGCUUGCCAUUUUCUGAAAAAAUUCUUUCCUAAAGAACAACUAAGAUGCUUGAAGCCUCUGGAAAACACCCACCUGAAUCUUUGGGCAAAGCGGGUGUUCGUAGGACUCUCUGUUGUUGGCCUCAUCCUCUGGCUGGCUCUCGACACAGCUCAAAGACCAGAGCAGCUGAUCUCCUUUGCAGGAAUCUGUAUGUUCAUCCUCAUCCUCUUUGCCUGCUCCAAACACCACAGUGCGGUGUGCUGGAGGACGGUGUUUUGGGGCCUGGGCCUUCAGUUCAUCUUUGGAAUUUUGGUCAUCAGAACUGAACCUGGAUUUAAUGCAUUUCAAUGGCUGGGAGAUCAGAUCCAGAUUUUCUUGGCUUAUACUGUGGAAGGAUCCAGUUUUGUUUUUGGUGAUACACUGGUCCAAAAUGUUUUUGCUUUUCAGUCUCUGCCAAUCAUUAUUUUCUUCGGAUGUGUGAUGUCUAUUCUUUACUACCUGGGCCUUGUGCAGUGGGUGAUUCAGAAGGUUGCCUGGUUCCUGCAAAUUACCAUGGGUACCACUGCUGCAGAGACCCUGGCCGUGGCAGGAAACAUCUUUGUGGGGAUGACAGAGGCGCCUCUGCUCAUCCGUCCCUACCUUGCAGACAUGACCAUCUCUGAAAUCCAUGCAGUCAUGACUGGAGGCUUUGCUACCAUAGCAGGCACAGUGUUGGGAGCCUUCAUAUCCUUUGGGAUUGAUGCAUCAUCCUUGAUUUCUGCCUCAGUGAUGGCUGCCCCUUGUGCACUUGCCUUGUCCAAACUGGUAUAUCCAGAAGUCGAAGAGUCCAAGUUCAAGAGCAAGGAGGGACUGAAGCUGCCUCGAGGGGAAGAGAGGAAUAUCCUGGAAGCUGCAAGCAAUGGAGCCACAGAUGCCAUAAGCCUUGUUGCUAAUGUUGCAGCCAACCUGAUUGCCUUUCUGGCUGUAUUGGCCUUCAUCAAUGCUACCCUCUCUUGGCUGGGGGAAAUGGUGGAUAUCCAUGGACUCAGUUUCCAGGUCAUCUGCUCCUAUGUCCUAAGGCCCAUGGUUUUCAUGAUGGGUGUACAGUGGGCAGACUGCCCACUGGUGGCUGAGAUAGUGGGAGUCAAGUUCUUCAUAAAUGAAUUUGUGGCCUACCAGCAACUGUCUCAGUACAAGAACAAACGUCUCUCUGGAGUAGAAGAGUGGAUCAAUGGCGAGAAACAGUGGAUUUCUGUGAAAGCUGAAAUCAUUACAACAUUUUCCCUCUGUGGAUUUGCCAAUCUUAGUUCCAUAGGAAUCACACUGGGAGGCUUGACAUCCAUGAUACCCCAGAGGAAGAGUGACUUGUGCAAGAUUGUGGUCAGGGCCCUCUUCACAGGUGCCUGUGUUUCCUUUAUCAGUGCCUGCAUGGCAGGAAUCCUCUAUGUUCCCAGAGGCGCUGAAACUGACUGUGUCUCAUUCCUAAACACAAAUUUCACCAAUAGAACCUAUGAGACAUAUGUGUGCUGCAGAGAGCUUUUCCAGAGUACUUCGCUGAAUGGCACCAACAUGCCUUCUUUCUCAGGCCCCUGGCAAGACAAUGUGUCCAGCCUCAGGAAUCUUGCUAGCUGCUGUGACCUCUAUACCAGCACUGUGUGUGCAUGAGGCUGGUGGGCCGCUCCAAGACAGUUCUCAUAGAACAGAUUCAUAUUACCAAAUACAUUUUCAUGUACUUCCUAUUCUCUGAGAACCCCACUAAACUCCACAAAGUGAAAUUUCUGAGCUCACUAUAGCUCUGUAUAAAAAUCAGCCCUUACCUUUCCAGCGGCAUGACAUGAAAUUCCGGUUACCAGACAUGAAAUUCAUUAUAGACCCUCUUGAGCCAAAGUAUGGUGGGCAUGUAACUGAGGAGAAAAUAUGUGUGUGGUGAGGGCUAAGAUCCAGGUUCAACCCCGGGCCUGGCCCAGAGUGGGGAGAGUGGGGAAAUCAAAGUAGAUGCUUAGUUUUAACUUGGGAAUGGUGGCAAACCCCGUGGUCUCUUACCUGUAGGCUCACAGCUAAGGGGAUUACCUCAGAUUCAAGGCAAGCCUGGCCCAAACAUGACAUGUCCUAGUGUAGGAGUGGAUGUGAGGGGAGAUAUUUUUAAAGUUAUAUUGAAACAUGUGUGAAUUUAAAGACACACAUUCUUUUUGUAUUGCCAAAGACUUAUAAACACAAGAGCUUCUUUUAUUUUCAUAAAGAAAUAAAAAUGAUUCCUGUAAUAAAGUGUUGUUUUAUUUA